AUGGACAAUGGGGAUGUCGUGGCAUUUAAAAAACUAUGGCCUGCAACUAAUAGAUGCAGUGAUGAGAAGUCUGGAGUUUGUGAUUCCUUCUCAGCCGAAGUGAAAACGCUUGGUUCAAUUCGCCAUAAGAACAUUGUCAAGUUCUUGGGUUAUAGGAAUAAAAGCACAAGAUCGCUCAUGUAUGAUUAUAUGCCUAAUGGGAGUUUAGGCAGUCUACUACACGAUAGGAAUGGUACACUGCUGGAGUGGGAACUGAGGUACCAAAUUUUGCUAGGGGCAGCUCAAGGACUUAUCAUGGGAAAGACUGAUGUCUAUAGCCAUGGAGUUGUUGUAAUGAAAGUCUUGACCGGGAAACAACCAAUUGAUCCAACAAUACCCAAUGGACUUCAUGUAGUCGAUUGGGUGAGGCAGAUAAAGGGAGGACUCGAAGUUCUGGAUCCAAGUUUGCUAUCCCGAUCUGAAUCUGAGAUCGAGGAAAUGAUGUAG